GGGAAUAUCAAGCAGCGCCCCAGCCUAUCGACCAGCGCAUACCCAUUUAAACGCUUGCACUAUCCCGGGAACUUCGCUGGUGGAGCUCAGCAUGUAAAGGCGACCCGAGAAGAGGAAUUACCUAGAAUGUCAGCGCUGAAGAAGGUGUUGCCAGCCAUACUGCAGAAACAUUGCUGUAUCUUACCUGACAGGAACAAAGGUGUGAAGAGCUUGCUGGUGAAAUUGAAGAGCAGAGAGAUUUACUCAGAAUCACAGUGUACGCUGUGUGGUGAUCCUGAAGACCAGCAGUAUUCAUGGUCCCCGUUGCGGCACUUCGAUGAAGACAGUCCGUCGCCCCCGGCCGGGAGCAUGAAGGGUCUCUCGGGCGGUCGAGUGGUGACCCAGACUGCACCGGGGCACACCUGCCUGCUGGCCGAGUGCGAGCACCCCCAGGAGCUGGGUUUGCACCACGGGCCCGAGCCGCGGCCAACCUACCUACUGAGCCCUGUCGACGGUUGUCCCACCGAAUUGCGCCGCUGCUCACCGCGCAGCUCUGUCCACUCCGACUGCACGGCGAUGCCUGCCGGCGCACCCGGUGACCACGUCUCCAGCAGCACUUUCCCACGCAUGCACUACAGCUCGCACUACGACGGUGGCGGGGGUGGCGGUGGGGGGACGCGGGACGACGGUGCUGUGGUGCCCUCACACGGCAGCGGAAAGAUGAAUCGCAUCCCUGCCAACCUGCUGGACCAGUUUGAGAAGCAGCUGCCUCUGCACCGCGAUGGCUUCCACACGCUGCAGUACCAGCGCGCCUCGGCGGCAGAGCAGCGUGGCGAGAGCCCUGGCCGCAUCCGGCACCUGGUCCACUCUGUGCAGAAGCUCUUCACCAAGUCCCACUCGCUGGAGGGCUCCUCCUCAAAGAUGAACGGCAGCAAGGGUGACGGCCACCACCACGAUCAUCACGGGCAUCAUCACGGCAGCCACCACGGGCACCACAAGCAUGGAAGGCGGAGCAAGAGCAAGGAGCGCCGGUCCGACGGCAAGCACCGGCCUGGUGGAGGCGGCUGGUGGAGUUCCGAUGACAACCUGGACAGCGACAGCACGUACCGGACACCCAGCAUUCUGAGCCGCCACCAUGCCAACCAUGCCGGCCACUGCUACCCUGACGUGGGCCCGGGUCGCUUCACUGAGCUCGCCCUCAAAACGUCCCGCAGUAACAACGACGUCAAGUGCUCUGCCUGCGAGGGCCUGACGGCGGCGCCGGAGGGCCGCUUCAUGAAACGCAGCUCCUGGUCCACGCUCACUGUCAGCCAGGCUAAGGAGGCCUACCGCAAGUCUUCACUCAACCUGGAGAAACCCAUGAUGCCCCAGGACCUCAAGCCCUCCCUGAGGUCCUGCCAUUACCUGCAGGUGCCCCAGGACGAGUGGGGGGGCUACCCUGGGGCCGGCAAGGAUGAGGAGAUUCCCUGCCGGAGGAUGAGAAGUGGCAGCUACAUCAAGGCCAUGGGUGAUGACGACAGCGGCGAGUCAGACGGCAGCCCAGCCACCUCACCCCAGAAGUCUAUCCGGCCCGAUGCGCUCGUCAAGGCCGUCGUGCAGCGCCCCCUGCUGGACCCUCAGAGCUUGUGGCCUUUGGAUAAAAAGAACGGAGAUAUGACUAACUACAUCACCAACUUUGCGGCAGACUUAAGUCAGAACUACCACCUGCAGGCGGCCCGUGACCUGCACCACAACCUCACACUGGAUGCAACGGCAAACUACAACUCGCCCAAGUUCCGCUCGCGCAAUCAGAGCUACAUGCGGGCGGUGAGCACACUGAGUCAGGCAAGCUGUGUAAGCCAGGUGAGUGAGACCGAGGUCAAUGGCCAGUUUGAGUCGGUUUGCGAGUCCGUUUUUAGUGAAGUAGAGUCCCAGGCCAUGGAGGCCUUGGACCUGCCGGGCUGUUUCCGCACCCGAAGCCACAGUUACCUGCGUGCUAUUCAGGCUGGGUAUUCCCAAGAUGACGACUGCAUUCCUUCAAUGACAUCCUCCACUGUCACUUCAACUCUCAGAUCCACAACAGGGAUCCAGUUCCGACUCCCUACUUCCUGUGCCGCGGAGAGAACGUCCCAACAACCUCCAGCGGUAACGUACACUCCCAGCUUUAAGAAGACCCCCCCGCCGGUGCCACCGCGUACCACCUCUAAGCCCCUCAUCUCUGUGACGGCCCAAAGCAGCACCGAGUCCACCCAGGAUGCCUACCAUGAGGGCCGGCUGGCCCACGGUGCCCUGUGGCCGCCGGACAGCCUGGGUCGAGGCCUCUACAACUCGACGGACAGCCUGGACAGUGCCAAAGCAGUGACCAUCGCCAUGGAGACGGCAGCAGGCCUGAGACACCCUUCCACAGACAGCCAUAGCUCGGUGCUCACUUGUGACAAGGCCGUGCUGGUGUCCAAGGCUGAGGAGUACCUCAAGAGCCGGCGUUCCUCCAUCGGGAUCCAGGUGGAGGCGGCGACUGACUCGGAGUCUGAGAGCCGGGAGCUGCGGGAAUACCAUUCGGUGGGCAUCCAGGUGGAGGACGACAAGAGACAUGGCCGGUUCAAGCGGUCCAACAGCGUGACAGCGGCAGUGCAAGCCGACCUGGAGCUGGAGGGCUUUCCAGUCCACAUGGAGGACAAGGGCCUGCAGUUUGGCGGCGCCUUCCAGAGGCACUCGGAGCCCAGCACUCCGACGCAGUACGGGGCAGUCCGCACUGUGCGCACACAGGGCCUUUUCAGCUACCGGGAGGACUACCGUACACCCACCGAGCCGGUCAGCAGCCCGCGGCCCGAGCCCUGGCCCACAGAGGUGGUCCGUGAGCCUGGCGACACCGGGCGUCUCUCCCCUGGCCGCCGUGACGGCAGCUGGUUCAUGCAGCUGCUUCACACUGAAACCAAGAGGCUGGAGGCCUGGUGCAAGGAGAUGGAGCGCGAGGCGGAGGAGAAGGACCUGUCAGAGGAGAUUCUAGGUAAAAUCCGGAGUGCUGUGGGCAGUGCACAGCUCCUCAUGUCCCAGAAAUUCCAGCAGUUCUACUGGCUCUGUCAGCAGAACCUGGACCCCAGUGCCAUGCCCAGACCAACCUCUCAGGACCUGGCCGGAUUCUGGGACCUCCUGCAGCUGUCCAUCGACGACGUCACCACGAAAUUUGACGAGCUGCAGCAGAUCAAGAACAAUGACUGGAGGCUCAUGGAGAGCCCAGAGAAGAAGCUGCCACCCCCUGUACCAAAGAAGAGCCUGAAAGGGCGGAUGGGCAUGACGCGGGAGAAGUCACUGGACCUCCCGGACCGGCAGCGGCAGGAGGCACGACGCCGGCUAAUGGCAGCCAAGCGGGCGGCCUCCUUCCGGCAGAGCUCAGUGGCCGAGCGUGCCGACAGCAUAGAGAUCUACAUCCCCGAGGCCCAGACCCGCCUCUGAGGGUGCUCGCCCCCCCCCACCCGUCUCCCAGCUGGCCCCCAUUUUCUAUCCUCACUUAGCGGUAACAAAUUUGUGUUAAUCCCAGCUAAAACACAAAGAUAAUUUUUAUCUAACCGUCUCGUGUUAAUACGCUACUCCACCCUCCUCACCCCCCCACCAUUUUGCCCCAGCCACCCUCCACCAUCCUUCCCCCAUGCAGUAGCAGCUUAUUCUCCAGUCAGUGACAUGUGUAUCUGACAAAACAGCAGUGAAGAGCUGACUGUGUUCUGGUACCUUUAAGCUCUAACACCUCUGUAGCGUUUAUCUAGCAGGUGUGGGGAGAUGAGUUCCAGGCCCCCGUCAAGCCUUCUGAGAGGCCC